CGCGUAGGAAACAAGCGGAACAAAGAGUGACCCUCUGUCUACCCACUCACACCUCUCUCUCAGGGUGUGAAUUCGGAGCUUCUUUUCUGCAAAAAUUUAGGGAUCUGAAAAGUAGGGAGAGAGAGAGACGAUGAAUCGGCACAACGAUCCCAAUCCAUUUGAUGAGGAAGAGGUCAAUCCCUUCUCGAAUGGAGCUGCUGCUCCUGGGUCAAAGCCGCGCAUUCCACCAUUGGGAUCUGGAACCCUGGGCUUUGGGCAGAAACAUGAUGCAACAGCGGAUAUGCCAUUGGAUACAAUGAGUGAUUCCAAGAGCAGAGAGAAAGAGCUUGCUACUUGGGAAGCAGAUCUUAAAAGGAGGGAAAAGGACAUAAAGCGGAGAGAAGAUGCUGUUGCCAAAUCUGGCGUCCCUGAUGAUGAUAAAAAUUGGCCUCCAUUUUUUCCAAUUAUUCAUCAUGAUAUAGCUAAUGAAAUACCAGUUCAUGCUCAAAGGCUGCAGUAUUUGGCUUUUGCAAGUUGGUUAGGUAUAGUUCUUUGUCUUGUUUUUAAUGUGAUCGCUGUGAUUGUCUGCUGGAUCAAAGGCGGGGGUGUCAAAAUAUUUUUCCUUGCGACAAUCUAUGUUCUACUUGGAUGCCCCCUUUCAUAUGUGCUGUGGUACAGGCCUCUCUAUCGUGCUAUGAGGACGGAUAGUGCUUUGAGGUUCGGUUGGUUCUUCCUGUUCUACUUGAUUCACAUUGGGUUUUGUAUUUUCGCUGCUAUUGCGCCUCCGGUUGUCUUUCAUGGGAAGUCAUUGACGGGAAUCCUUGCAGCAAUCGAUGUCUUUGAUGACCAUGUAUUGGUUGGGAUAUUCUACUUAGUUGGCUUUGCCUUGUUUUGCUUGGAGUCGCUUCUAAGCUUAUGGGUAGUUCAGAAAAUUUACUUGUAUUUCAGGGGGAACAAGUGAGAUGAUUUUGGGGUCGUGAUCCAAUUGGAGUUGUACAAUAUCGCUGCUUGUUAGGGUGGCUUAGUAUAUCCUUCAUUCUCCUAUUACAUUGUUUGUUUCUUUGUGAUGAUUGUAUGAGUUGAUUCAAAGAUUAGUAAUAUGCUAAAGAGAUCCUAGGAGUUCAAAGUUUUCACA